AUGGCCGAUCUAUACCCAUCCAUAACACAGACUGCUGUCCUCGCGACAGCACUGAAGGUUCUCCUUUGGCCCGCAUACAAAUCCACAGACUUCGAGGUCCACCGCAAUUGGCUUGCUAUCACCAACUCAUUGCCGGUCAAGGAUUGGUACUAUGAAACAACUUCCGAGUGGACACUCGACUACCCCCCCUUCUUUGCCUACUUCGAAUGGCUCCUCUCCCAGGCUGCCUACUAUGUGGACCCUGCCAUGCUGAAGAUUGAGAAUCUGCAGUAUCAAAAUUGGCAGACCGUAUAUUUCCAACGCUCAACAGUCAUGGCAACGGAUCUGAUGCUAGCAUUUGCAUUAUAUAAACAUGUUCAAGCAUCCCCCACAGCUCUGCAGAAAAAUUCUCAUGCGGUAGCCAUCUCAAUCCUAUUAUCUCCGGCGCUCCUGAUCAUCGACCACAUUCAUUUCCAGUAUAAUGGCUUCCUGUACGGCAUCCUCAUACUCUCCAUGGUCUCGGCUCGAAAGCAGUCCACCAUGCUGCUCGGGGGACUCUUGUUUGCCGCACUACUCUGCUUCAAGCACAUAUAUCUCUAUCUCGCGCCCGCGUACUUUAUGUAUCUGCUGCGAGCAUACUGCCUGAGCCAAAAGUCAAUGUUUCGAAUCCGCUUUGGCAACUGCGUCAAGCUGGCGUCAGGACUUGUCAGUAUUUUUGGGGCCGCUUUUGGACCCUUUUGGUACCUGGCCCAAGAGGAUCAAGUCUUAAGCCGACUGUUUCCGUUCUCACGGGGAUUGUGUCAUGCUUACUGGGCGCCCAAUGUGUGGGCUAUGUACUCGUUCACUGAUAGGGUUCUCAUCUACGUCGCGCCGAAGGUGGGGUUGCCAGUCGAUCAAGCUGCGCUGAACAGCGUCACCCGAGGACUCGUUGGAGACUCCUCUUUUGCAGUCCUCCCCAACAUAUCACCCAAGACUACCUUCCUCCUAACUUUGUUCUUCCAAACACUAUGUCUGGUUAAGCUCUUCUUCCAGCCAACAUGGGAGACCUUCGUCGGAGCUGUGACUCUGUGUGGCUACGCAUCCUUCCUCUUUGGAUGGCAUGUCCACGAAAAGGCCAUCCUUUUGGUGAUUAUACCGUUCAGCUUGCUAGCGUUAAAAGACCGUCGGUACCUUAGCGCGUUCCGACCUUUGGCCGUUGCCGGGCAUGUGUCUCUGUUUCCAUUGUUAUUCACGGCCGCAGAGUUCCCAGUGAAGGCUGUGUAUACGGUCUUUUGGUUGAUACUUUUUCUGCUGGUGUUUGAUCGGCUGGCGCCAGUCUCGUCCCGACCCCGAGUUUUCCUGCUUGACAGGUUUUCCCUUCUCUAUAUCACUGUGUCUAUUCCCCUUGUCAUCUAUUGUUCACUCAUUCACCAGCUUUCCUUCGGGCCAAAAUAUGAAUUUCUGCCGUUGAUGUUCACAAGCUCGUAUUCGGCAAUAGGGGUUGUGGGCAGCUGGAUCGGAUUUUCUGUUGUGUACUUCACUUUAUAG